GAAUAACGUCUACAAGUGUACGUUUGACAUUAUACAGAUUAAAAAUUAGGAGGAAAGUCAGCCUCAUUUCAUCGAAAUGGCGUCAAAUAUUUUAAAAUUAUCCAAUCCUUUACGCGUUUUAACAAAUCGAACAAAUUUAAUUAGAAAUUCUCCAAAAUUAUGGAGAUGCGCCGCUACAGAGGCUGGAGUUGCCGAACAGCUCGUAAAUAUGCCACCAACUCAAACUACAAUCUUAGAUUCAGGAUUGCGUGUGGCAACUGAAGAUUCUGGUGCAGCGACAGCAACAAUUGGACUUUGGAUUGAUGCUGGCAGUCGAUACGAGAACAGUUCGAAUAAUGGUGUGGCUCAUUUCCUGGAACACAUGGCCUUUAAAGGAACAAAGAAACGCUCACAAACCGAUUUAGAAUUGGAAGUUGAAAAUAUUGGAGCUCAUUUGAAUGCAUACACAAGUCGAGAACAAACAGUAUUUUAUGCAAGAUGUUUAGCAAAUGAUGUUCCCAAAGCAUUGGAAAUUUUGGCAGAUAUUGUUCAAAAUUCAAAACUCGGCGAAGAAGAAAUUGAACGUGAACGUGGGGUGAUUUUACGUGAGAUGCAAGAAGUCGAAUCAAAUUUGCAAGAGGUUGUUUUCGAUCAUUUACACGCCACCGCUUACCAAGGAACACCACUUGGAAAUACUAUUUUAGGACCAACUGAAAAUAUUAAGUCAAUUACAAAAGCUGACCUCCAAAAAUAUAUCCAAGAUCAUUAUAAAGCACCCCGUAUGGUACUUGCCGCAGCUGGUGGUGUAAACCACAGUGAAUUAUGCAAACUUGCACAAUCUCAUCUCCAAGGUUUAGGCAGUACAUACACCGAAGGUGUACCAAUAUUAGAGCCAUGCCGUUUUACUGGCUCUGAAAUUCGUGUACGUGACGAUUCAAUUCCAUUAGCUCAUGUUGCAAUAGCUGUCGAAGGAUGUGGUUGGCCUGAUCCAGACAAUUUAACUUUGAUGGUUGCUAACACUUUAGUAGGAGCUUGGGAUCGUAGCCAAGGCGGUGGUGGAGUUAAUGCUGGAAAAUUGGCUUUAGCCAGUGCACAAAGUGGACUUUGCCACAGUUAUCAAUCAUUUAAUACAUGCUACAAGGAUACUGGUCUUUGGGGAAUUUACUUUGUAGCAGAUCCAAUGAAAUGUGAGGAUAUGUUAUACAACAUUCAAAGUGAAUGGAUGAGAUUAUGUACAUCAGUAACUGAAAGUGAAGUAACGCGUGCUAAAAAUUUGUUGAAAACGAAUUUAUUGUUACAAUUGGAUGGAACUACACCAAUAUGUGAAGAUAUUGGACGACAAGCUCUUUGCUACGGACGACGAUUACCAAUCCACGAAUUAAUAUAUCGUAUUGAUGCAAUCACCGCUAAAAAUGUUCGAGAUGUAUCAAUGAAAUAUAUUUAUGAUCGUUGUCCAGCUGUAGCAGCUGUUGGACCUGUAGAAAAUCUUCCUGAAUAUAACAGAAUUCGUUCCAGUAUGUAUUGGUUACGUCUUUAAAUAAAUACAUUUUGUGCAUCUAGUGAAAUCUGUUAUAAAUUUAAAAAAAACAUUAUUACCGUUUAAUUUCUGAACUUGUACAAAACAAAAUAUUCUGGAAAAUAAAUGUUAUAUUAAUUUAAUUUACAUACUGUCGUCAACUGUUUCGAUUUGAUUUAUAUGGUGUUUAGACGAGGCGUCUAAAUUUUAAAUAAAUUUUAUUUAUAUUAUAAUUUA